AGCUUCCAAUCCCCGGUGAGUGGAACAGAGGGAUGGAGAAGCAUUCAGAAGGGAAAGGCAGCUACAGCACCGCUGAACCCAGCAUAUAGGAGAGAGGGAGGGGCCAGAGGGGGAGGAGGGAGCAGCUUGACCAGGGUGCAGCACUGGUUGCAGCUCCCGCUGGUCAAUUUCAUCCAGAAGCUUGUCCUGGGGCUGAGAAAGAGACGCCUGUUUGGGAGAACCUGUGCAUUUGCGGCCAGUCCUCUGGAAGACGAAUGGAAUAAGUGGGAGGUGGAGAAGAGGGAGGGAGGGAGAGAGAGAAGGACAGAGGGAGAGGGACAGAGAGUGAGAGAGAGCGAGAGAGAGAGAGAGAGAGAGAGAGAGAGAGAGAGAGAGAGAGAGAGAGAGAGGGAGGGAGGGAGGGAGGAAGAGAGGGAGGGAGAGGAGAGAGAGGCUAGGAGAGAGAGAGAGAGAGAGAGAGAGAGAGAGAGAGAGAGAGAGAGAGAGAGAGAGAGAGAGAGAGAGAGAGAGAGAGAGAGAGAGAGAGAGAGAGAGAGGUGAAGGACGAUUCUAGAGGAAAGCAAACGAUAACCGUGGCUUUUGGAACUAGAGCGAGCCCUAGUGCGGGUGUAAAUGAAGAGUGACUUUCAUGUGAAAUAAAAAAAAUCACUUGAUUGUAGAAGAACACUGCAUGCACCGUUUUUAACCUAAAAAAUAUCAGGAAAAAGUAUGAAAGAGCAAUCUGAUUGAUUCUCAAACCUGAAAAUCACCAUACCUACUAGAAGACACAGAAUGGCCCUGCAUCAAACCAUCGCCACUAGAUUUCUUGAAGAAUGGUGCUUGGAUAAAUCACUGUCUGGCUGCAGGAAGCACCAGAAUGUCUGGAAAAAAAUGAGACAAAUACGCAUUGUAGGGCUCUUCAUGGGUAUAAUGGCCAUUUGCACAUUCUCACUUUCAACUAGUGCCUUUUUCAAGAUAGAGACACAAAGCACAGAUCAGGCCAACAGUUUAGGUCAUCCGGAGUUAAUGUCUGGAUACCAUCAAAGAACUCUGUUAGACUUCAAGGAGAAGGUUCAGGAUGGUACUCCAGAGCCACUUCCUAUAAAAUAUGAAAAUGAAACUGAACAUGCUCAAGGAGACUAUCCAAAAGACUUCUUUUCCCUUCAGGAGCGAAGAAGAGGUGCAAUAAUUCUUCAUGUCCUUGGAAUGAUCUACAUGUUCAUUGCCUUAGCCAUAGUCUGUGACGAAUUCUUUGUUCCUUCUCUGACUGUCAUCACUGAAAAGUUGUCCAUUUCUGAUGAUGUAGCUGGAGCAACCUUCAUGGCUGCUGGAGGCUCAGCUCCAGAACUUUUUACAUCUCUGAUAGGAGUCUUCAUAGCUCAUAGCAAUGUUGGCAUUGGCACAAUAGUGGGCUCAGCAGUAUUCAAUAUCCUGUUUGUCAUUGGGAUGUGUGCGCUGUUUUCAAGAGAAAUCCUAUACCUUACCUGGUGGCCACUCUUUAGGGAUGUCUCAUUUUAUAUUGUUGACUUGAUCAUGCUCAUAAUUUUUUUUCUGGAUAAUCUCAUCACCUGGUGGGAGAGCUUGUUGCUGUUGACAGCUUAUAUUCUCUAUGUGACUUUCAUGAAAUUCAACGUUCAGGUGGAAGCAUGGGUGAAGCAACUGCUUAAUAGAAACAAAGUUGUGAAAGUAACUGCAGCCACACCAGCAGCAGCAACAACAGCAACAGCAACAGCAGCAGCAGCAACAGCAGCAACAGCAGCAGCAGAGACUGAUGCAAAGUCACCUACUGCCAUGGACAAGGAUGAACAAACUCUAACGACUAAGCCACGGCUCCAGAGAGGUGGUAGCUCUGCAUCUCUGCAUAAUAGUCUGAUGAGGAACAGCAUCUUCCAGCUCAUGAUUCAUACCCUUGACCCACUUGCUGAAGAGCUUGGAUCAUAUGGAAAACUAAAAUAUUAUGACACAAUGACUGAGGAAGGACGCUUCAGAGAAAAGGCUUCAAUUCUGCACAAGAUUGCCAAGAAAAAGUGCCAGGUGGAUGAUAAUGAAAGGCAUAAUGGGACUGCCAACCAUGUGGAAAAAAUAGAACUCCCAAACAGUACCAGUGUUGAAGUGGAAGUAACACCACGCAAUGAAGGUUUAGGACCUGUGCAAAAUGGAAAUCUUUCCCAUGGGACUGAAUCAACAGAAAUACAGACUUCAGAUACAGGUGAAGAGGAAGAUGACCAGCCACUCAGCUUGUCCUGGCCUACCAGUGUCCGCAAACAAAUCACCUUCCUGAUCGUUCUUCCCAUUGUGUUUCCAUUAUGGAUAACCCUUCCUGAUGUCCGGAAACCUUCCUCAAAGAAGUUUUUUCCCAUCACAUUCUUUGGAGCCAUCGCCUGGAUAGCCAUUUUCUCUUACUUAAUGGUCUGGUGGGCACAUCAGGUUGGAGAAACAAUUGGUAUUAGUGAAGAAAUUAUGGGCCUCACCAUCUUGGCUGCUGGGACUUCUAUCCCUGACCUCAUUACCAGUGUCAUAGUGGCACGGAAGGGACUUGGGGAUAUGGCAGUGUCCAGCUCUGUUGGGAGCAACAUCUUUGACAUCACAGUGGGACUCCCACUGCCCUGGCUCUUAUAUGCCACUAUUCACAGAUUCCAGCCAGUGACGGUCAGCAGCAAUGGUCUCUUCUGUGCCAUCGUUCUCCUCUUCAUCAUGCUGCUCUUUGUCAUCAUCUCCAUCGCUCUCUGCAAAUGGAGGAUGAACAAAAUCCUGGGAUUUACCAUGUUUGGUCUGUACUUUGGAUUCCUGGUAGUCAGUGUCCUCCUAGAGGACAGAAUUAUCAUGUGCCCUGUCUCAAUAUAGCUGGAAAAGCCAUUUCUUAAAUAAAUAAUUGAGACAGCAACAGAAGGUCCCCUAUCCCUAUCCUCUCUCAGCCCAGAUCCUCUAACCCCCUAAAGAAGAGGCAGCUAGCACACAGUCCUAUAUUUUUGUAAAGCUUAUCUCCUUGGCUUAAGGAGGGAUGAAUUCCAAGUUCACUUCAUGUGCUGCUGCCAACGUCAUUGACUGUUACAGCCACACAGAAGAGACAAGGGUGGUCAUUUGUGGCCACUCUCCACUCGCCACUGACAGGUAGUACUCCUCGCUGGUCGGAGGUACAUAAAGUUAUAACAACAUGAGCUAUAAUGUCAGCUAUAUGUAUACAUAUAUACAUAUAUAUAUAUAUACAUAUACAAACCAACUGUUUCUAUGUAUUGCACCUCUCUUUCCAUACAUAUAUAUUAAUGUAUGCUUAUAUACACACAAAGGAAGAAGAAAUAUAUAUAUAUAUACGUAUAAAUAUGUAUCAUUUCAGGGAUAGCUCUAGUAUCUGUUUAGUACCUAUUUGAGGAGAGGUACCACCUUUCAGUCUGGCUUUGUUGGAAAGCAUCAUCCAGUAGAAUUAGGGCUGGACAAAGGAAGGAUUGCCUUCCCUAGAACCAGACUCUUGAAAUGGAAAGGUUUUGGAAACUUGGAAUUGCUCAGUGGAGAGCACCGAUGUUGUAUUUCAUAAAGAUUGCACCACCCUGUAGGUGCCCCCCAAAGCUCCUACAAACUGGACUGAGAAGUCAGAAAAGCCAGUCUGCAUGGGCAGUGAGUCUGGAACCCACAAGGUUCCUCAGACCACUUAGCUGUAAAACCCAAACCAACCUUUCGGAGAGGGGAAUGAAAAGGAAGGUUCUCCUCAUAUCACUCCAGCAUGCAAGUAGACUAUAUGACUGCUAAAUCAACUAGCUUUAUUCCUAAAACAGCAAGACUAUAUAAACUGUACCCCUGUCGUUCUAAUGCUCCUGCCAUCAUUAUCAUCAUGAAAAGAAAAAAAAUAUAUUUGAGCUGUGAUUGUUAUCUCGACCACUUUUCUGGUACCCUCAGAUCUCUACCUAGUUUCAAGAAGUGAAGCUUUAUGGGAUGAAUUAUCAUCCUGAGAGAGAUCUCUUUGGGCACAAAGUUCCAUUAAAAUCCUUUAAGUGUGAGAAUAGAUAACUUUAGGGCCCAGAAAAGUCCUCUCAUAGAGAUAUAGCAUCAGGAGAUAAAUACAGAUUAGGGGUAGAGCUGUGUGGAGAUACUUGAGAAAAUAGUAUCAAAGUUUAGCAUCAUCCUACAGUGACGUGUCUCUGCCUUCUGAGUUACUCUGUGCUGGGCCAAAUGUAGGGCUUGUUUCAGAUCAGAAUUUGGUUAAAGGUCAUGCAUGUCCCUGUUUCUGCAUUUUCUAAGCAUCAGAGCAACCCAUGAUGCCCCACUGGCAUGCACCCUACUUGUAAAGAAGAUAGAUUGCUAAGGGCUACACAUGACAAUUUCUCCAUGCUCUUUCUGGAGCUGAUUGCUCUAAGGCUCUUGUCACGUGUAUUUUCUCUAUGUCACACAGGCAACCCAUCAUAUUUCAUUCAAUACCUAUCCAUCUCUAAUCUAUUCCUGGUGUGAUUCUGCAUCUUUUUAUUAGAGCAGAGAAAAAAGCUAACCAACACGGUUAACUCACCCCCAAAAAAGACAAUUGGCAAACAAGAAAAGCAAGUGUUUAAUAUCUUCAGAAUUGUAAUUGCAACAAAAGAAAUUUUUAAAAAUCUGAAUUUAGGGUACCCCAAUAUUCUUUCUUCAUCCUAUUGGGUCUCUCUAUUGGAUAGAUAUCGCGCUCUAUAUGUCAUGUCAUAUAAUUGGGGAAUCACAUAGCCAUUGGAGCUCAUUACGUUGUAUCACUGGUAUCAACAGUUUUUUGUUGUUGAAAUGUAUACAAGGUCUACUGAUAAGACAGAGGAGAGGAGAGCCACUAAUCCCAAAUCGAUGUUAGUACUCCACAGUAACUACCCAGCAUUCGAAUAGGCUCCUCACUGACAGGCAGUUCCUGACAAAACUAUCAUAAAAAAAAAUAAGAAAAUUCACGCUCCUAAAUUAGGAUUCCUACCACAAAAAUGAAGAAUAAAAUAGAAACCACAGUGCGAGGUACCCCAAACAAGUAUAAACGGGGCCCUCCACAUGAGCUGACUUUCACCUAUCUUCCAUAUCACUAUCUACCCUCAAUUGGCUCCUUUCAUGCAUGCCUUUCUAAGGUGCUUGAUUCUAAAAUAUGCCACGUGGUUUAGAAAAGACUGACUUCAGCUGAUGAUAAACAUUCCCAUAAACUCAACCAGGGACCAAAAGUCAUGGUUCCCUAGAAGGAGUUUUUCUGUAAUGACAGUAUGCUGCAGUAAUUAGAGAGUCAGCAUUGGAGUCGAUAAAACCUGGAUUCAACUCCUUCUUGAAAUAUAUGCUAACUCUGCGACCAUGGAAAAAUCAUGUAAGCCCUUAGCGCCGCUUGGCCAUUCUCUAGGGCCAUAAAUGGCAAACACAGCUACAAACCCACACUGGUCAAGGGCUGAUAAUUUCCACAAUGAGGCAAUUGAGUGGCCUCAUAGAAAGAGUACUUGAAGUUUGAAUAUUCUCUCAGACACUACCUAGCUAGCUGUAUGACCCAGAGCAAGUCCCUUAGCUUUUCUGAGCCUCAUUUUCCUCAUCCAUAUAAUUAAGGAAUUGGACUUCAUGGUCCAUAAGGUCCUCCUCCUAGCUCUAAAUCUAUGAUCCUCCAAAAUUACAAAAAAGGCACGCGUGUGCACGCACACACACACACACACACACACACACACACACACACACACACACCAAUCCAUAGGCAUACACACAUGGAUUAGAGUCCCCAGAAUAAAUCAUUGAUACCUGAAUGGAAGAGGGAGAAGACUAGGGGAGGAGAGGGAAGAAUGAUAACCUAGACACAUGACUUAAUGAUUAUAGGGAACUCCCUCCAUUAAUUCAACAACAACUUAGUUAUAACGUAGAGUCUUAGAGGACUACCUGAAACACUAGGAAAUAGUCACAAAGUCACAAAGCUAGUAUAUAUUCCAGGCAGGACUUGAACUCAUAACAUCCUGACACCUUUCUAACCUUCUAACUAGACCAUACUGAGUCCUCUGUGUCCAUAUAUUUGGGGUUAUAUAUAUAUAUACAUAUAUGUGUGUGUACUUUUUCUGUAGGCUAUACAACUAUACAUUCUCUUCUUGCUCUUUCACCCUAUUCUUUUGGGCCUCAUGAGUGAAAUCUGAUUACCUCUAUCCACAUAGUUAAGGAAGCAUUAAAUGCAAUAGUGGGUUAUUUGUUUUUACCCCACAGAAUAUUGGAUCCCUCACAGAUUCAAUUUAUUGGGGGAAAGUAUUUAGAUGAUUGACUAAUCCUUACAUGAGCAGUAGGUCUCUUCCAAAAGUUACAGGAGAAAUAAAAAUAGCUAGCAUUCAUAUACCACUUUAAUGCUUGCAAAGCACUUUAUAAAUAUGAUCUCAUUUGAUCUUCUCAACAACCCUGAAAGAUAGGUACUAUUAACUCCAUUUUACAGAUGGGGAAACUGAGGUUAAAUGGCAUGCCCAGGGUCACAAAACUAAUGGAUGUCUGAAGGUGGAUUUGAAGUCAGAUCUUCCUGAUUCUGGGUUCAGUGCUCUCUCCACAAUGCCACCUAGAUGCCCCUCAGAAACUUCAUGCUUUGGAUCCCCCUUGAUUACCACUUAUUAAUUCACUCAAACUCCCAUCUCUCAUUCAAGGUUGUAGAUUUAAAAGUAGAAGAGACCUUGGAAGCCAGUAAUUCAAUCCCCUCAUUUUUCACCUAAGGAAACUGAGGUCCAGGAUUAUAAAGUGAAUUACCAAAGGCCACUGAGGUGAUGCAAUAGAGGUGGUACUUGAACCAACAGUCUCUGACUCCACAACCAAGGCUCUUUCCAUUGUCUCACCAACUCACUAUUGGAAACUAGCCCAGGCAACCUCCUACCUCUUAUUGCUGUGGGUUCUUCCCUUCUCCUAUUUAUAUGUUCUUCCUUCACCUUAGCCCCCUCUCUACACAAGAGCUUCCUAGAGUGAUGUCCCAGGGUCCUGAUUUUGCUCUCUGGUUCAGAAGAGGACCCUCACGUGCAUGCUUGCUGUAUAUCCCAUCUUCUAAAUGUUGAAAAGUGGAUGGGAAAAAGGAGAUUCAUGCAUCAAAACUGAAAUGGAGUCUGCAAUAAGAAAUAUAGUAACUAGAUCCUUAGAGAGGAAAAACGAGAGUUCUGAAUCUAAUCCCCUUUAAUCUACCUGUCUAUGUAUGCAUCUGUCUGCCUGUGAAUCUUUGUAUGUUUCCCAUUGCCCCUACAGCUUGCAUAGGCUGUAAAAUACAGCAUACACAAUACUCUCUACACACUCAUAUUUCCAUCUUACUGCCACUAAUGGCAGUUGUAAUUGUACAGAACAGGGACAGCCAUCAUCAAGACAUUUCAGAGAAGUACAGUAGGCAUGCCUAUGAUUUUAUAGACAAGCAUGUAUAUUUAGGCCAUCUCCAUCAAGUCCUGUGUUCACUAUUAUGAUCACCACAUUAUACAGCCUAAGGAGAAUAGCUAUAUGAUGACUAGCCUCAAUUCCAUAAAGAUCCAGUUUUAGCUACUCCUUAUUUCUCAUUGAAUUUGCUCAAUAGCCAUUCUUUGGCACGUGGGGGUGGGAGGGUGGGAGGGGAGAAUGAUAUAUAUAUAUAUAUAUUGCUACUUUAGAAACAAAAAGUGUUCUGUCAUAGCAAUCGGGUAGGGAAGUAUUUUCAUAGAGAAUAAUAUUGAGCCAUCAAAUAUAUAUCUUUGCAUCUGGCUGCUCUUGUCAAAGCAGCUGUUCAUUAACUAAAGUAGAAAGUGGAUUGAACCAAUGCAUUGAUUGAUUAGAAAACCUGAACAGAUUUCGGGAAAACUAAGAAAUUGCCUUUUAUUACAUGGCUGAUUGAUUGUAAGUCGACAAAAAUCGAUAGAAUUUUCAUUUCUAUGCUCUAAGCCUAUUCCUGACCAGUGAGCAGCUAAGGAAACUGUCGGCCCAGCUCUUCUCAUGACUAAGCCAAAGAGAGCUUUGACAUAUGCGUGAGAUCCUAUUUUUUCAGAAAUCACAAAGAAAAUGAUGAAUGUGUUGAAUAAAAUGCUUUCACUGAACACUGGGGGCAGUUGGUAUUUCAUUUAGUCUGCAUGCCCUGUGUGCAUGAAUUUCUCCUACAAAUGCCCAGGAGGGCCAACCAUGCAUGAAAUAGGAGAAAUUACCUGCUCAAGGUUUGGCAUCUCAUUCUUGCUACGUGUGUGCAACUUUGAUUUAACUUGUUGUUUUCAUAGGCUCAACUCAAAGGUCAAGCAGUAGUAACCUCAGAGGACACUUAGUCUAUCACUAUAAUUUCAGGGCAGGACCACUCCUAAAUCAAGCCAAGCCAAGCCAAGCCAGCCAUAUAUAUCCUUUUCAAAAAGAUUCCCAGCAAGAAAAUUCUACAGUCUCUCCCAUUCUGGGGCCAGAACCUAAAUUCUUCAUGCCACAACUCAAGUCUCUUUGCCCUUUAUUCUGUCUUGAGAAAUGAUGAAGAAUAGUGAGACCAUUUUCUAUCAUUGCCCUUAAUGAAUUUUUAAGUCAAAACUAUAUCACUCUUCAUCCUCCCUUCCUUCAUAUUUAAUCUUCCUAGUUUCUUUAGCCUUUAUUCCUGAGCCUAGAUCUAGGACAAAGAAAUUAGGUACCUGAUUCAAAGUUUGAAAAUUACUCACAACCACCUCCAUACCAUGUGAGCUGUCCCUAUUGAGUAUUCAACUUAUCACAAAAUAAAUGGAUAUAAGCAUUAGAGAAUAGAAUGGUGAAGAGGUGGACUUUUAAAUGUUUUAAUUCAAACAUUUUUAAAUGCACCUCAUUGCACAUUAACUGUCCAUUUUUCCUAAUUAACCCUGGCUCCAUCUAGACCUUUUUCUUUUUUUAUCAUUUUAUAGUUUUUCUUAGACUUUUCAGAAUCUUCCAUGCUUCAGGAUUUACCCAUUGUUUCAGAAAAUUGCACUCUAUUCCUAUUAUUGCUAUUAUAGUGCUCAGCACAGUGGGGUCUUGCAUGUAGAGCUGAAUAAAUGUCUGUGAAAUUGAAUUGAAGUGAUUGAAUUGAAUUGUGCUGAAAUUUCCUUAAAACAAAAUUCAAUACAAGGUGGGGCAUGUUGAGCCUCAUUUGAUAAAAUUCAAUUAGGAAAAUACCAAAAUAACUUUGUCAUGCUCCAAAUAUAGGAGGUGUUUGAUAAACAUUUGUUGACUUGAUUUUCUGGUUCCAUGGCAUUAACUCUAACUGUAGCAUGGUAACAAAGCCUAAGAGUAGUCAAAAUAAUAGGAAUUUCCAUUCAUUCAAUUAAUAUUUGUUGAGUUCCUACUAGGCUGAUGAUUACAUGCAUAUGAAACCUUAUAAGUCAGAGGAUGCAGUGAAAGAAGGCUGGAACCAUUUGGGGACCCCACAAGAUGCUUCAGGGGCAUUUCAGCUUUGCCAUUUCAACAAGCAAGAAAACAAAGAUGACUGUUUGCAUUAAAUCUUAUCACUUUUUUAAUAUAAUCUGUUGUUUUCAUAGAUUCAACUCAAAUGUCAGACAACUGUAAACUCAGAGGGCAUCUAGUCCAUCACUAUAAUUUCAGGGCAUUAAUUUCAGAGUGUUCAUGAUGCCACUAUUGUGGUUGGGUUGAUAUGAAUCAUAUGCUGGUUGAUGAGGGUGAGGUCAUGAAAAGAAUAGAAAAUGACUCUUGGUUCAACAGAAGAUCAGCAAUUGGUUCUUGUAUCCUGCCACAUUAUUCUUUUUUCAAUUAAAAUGUUGUGACAAAGCUUUACAAUGAAAUUCAAUUUUAAAAAACUACCAACAAAUGUAAAGCAGAAGAUUUUACUUUUAAUGAUGCAAUGAAAAGAGAAUGGGAGGGAAGGAAAAACAAAUCUCCCAACACACUAAUUCUAUAGAUAUUAAGAUAUAAACACAUGUAUAUUGCUAUAUGGAUUUGGGAUUUCCAUAUAGUUUGGAUAAAUCCUAAAUUCUUUCCAUUAUUAGAAGAAAUCAGAGGAAUGCAAAUGCCUUUGAGGUUUUUAAUUAUUUGUAAUAUUGAACUUUAUAUUACUCCAUGAGACAUAGCUGUCUUAAUUGAAGCCAUAAAAAUACCAAUAAUUCAAAUAUUCAGGUGUUUUGAAUGUAGGUGUUCAAUUAAAUAAUCUAUCAGUUACUUGUUUCAUAGUAAAUGUUGUAAACUAAGAUAUGUCUUUUCUGUUGUUUUUUAAUGCUUUUAACUACAGUAUAACGGCAAUUAAAACAUAUCCCAUUUUUGGAGAACUCUAUAUGAAAAUCAACUUACAAAAUAGAAAAAAUCAGAGAUGAUUCUUCACUUUACCAAAGCAUUUUUAAUUGUUACAAAAGAAACCAUUGCCCAGUUCCUUUAAAUCACACAUUCUCUUAAAGGUUUUGAGAUUUUUCAAUUAAAAAAAUUCAACUUAAUCCAUGAUCUUUCAAGCAAGGUAUAAGAGUAUGAGUAAAGGAAUGGGCAAAUUACCAAACAUAGAGAAACAUGUGAAAAGAUCUAUGUUUACAUCAGCAGGAGUCUCCUUUCCACUGAUGUAGAUCAUACCCCUUCCAUGCCUUAGAGGUGUUCUUUCUGAGCUACUGUUGCCAACGUAAUAAUCGUUGUUAUUAUUACCUGGUAACCAGUGCUUUGGUGAUGAACCUCUCCAAUCUUAACUAAACAGGUCCUACAACCAUAGAAAGAGGAUCCAUCACCCAGACCAUACUUAAAGCCUUUCCAGUUUGGUAAAGAAACUGUCAAAUCUUAUGUCCUCUGGCAUGGUCUUCAAGAACCCAGGGUUCACCUUCAUGCCAUGAUGAGGCAUCAGAUUGAAAUUUUUGCCAAGGAAAUUUAAAGUAAUAAAUCUAUCCAUAUAUUGAUGUAGUUUAAGUCUAAAAAGUUCCUUUAUAUAAAAUGGCAAAUAGUCAUUUUGAUUUAUCACUGUCUCUUGGUGUCUAAUAUUAGUUGGGUAUUGUCUAGGUGGCAUAAUGGGUAAAGUACAGGACUUGGAAUCAGGAAGGCCUGAGUUUGAACCGACACAGACAUUUACAAGCUAUGUGAUCCUGGGCAAGGCACUUAAAUUCUCUCAGCUUCAGUUUUCUCAUCUAUGGAAUGGGGAUAAUAAUUGCUUCUACCUCACAAGGUAGCUGUGAGGAUCAAAUUAUAUAUAAAUAUAUUCACUCACACACUUAGGUAUAAUUAAAUCUUUGCAAACCUCCAAAAAUACUAUAUAAAUAUUAACUCUUAUUUAUGGACCUUACUUAUGAGUACAUGAUUACAAGCUGAUUUCUAAGAAAAUAUACUACUGACAUCCCCCUAAAUGCCAGGUGUGUGAUGAAUUGUACUGGAUAUGAUUAAUUAUGAGUGAUAGAAUAUUAAAGUUUAGACUAUCCUCCCACUCAUCCCAGACACAUGAACCCCCAUAUUAUCCCAACAAAGAAAAAAAGUAUUUUGUGUUAACCAAAAAUACCCAUUUCACAGAACAAAGAAUUUGAAUUGGAGGGUAUUUCAGCCAUGAACUAUUCUAGUCCAAUGAAUAGCCCAAAGGAAUGCCCACUCUGUAAUAUACCCAAUAAGUGAUCAUGCAGCCUCCACAUUAAAAGCUCCGAAGAGAGGGAAGUCACCACCUGUCUAGUCUAGACAGCCCAUUCCACUUUUGGACAGUGUGAAUUGUUAGCAAGUUUUUCCUAAAUUUGAAUCUUUUCUUCUUCCACAUAUUAUUCCUGGUUCUGACCUCUGAGGCCAAUAAAAACCUACCUCAUCACAUCUUUUUUAUGUAAUUCUUUAGUAACAAUCCCCGUAUAAAUUGGCCUCAUUUUCCAGAAUUCUCUACCACAACUCAGUAUGGAAAUCUUCCAUAAGACCAGAGGUAAAUGUGACUAAAUAGUUACCUUCCUUUUUGAAUGUUUAUAUUAAUUGAGGAGUUGGUUGAAUUUAAAAGGUAAGAAGAGGGAGAUGAGGAAUAUUUCAACCAACAAUUUUUCUCUAUUGAGAGCUAUCUUAUGGCAUGAAGAACAGUUCUGUCUUAAACAGGUAAACCCUUCAAUUAUUAGUAUCCGUCUCCUAACUAGACCCUGCAAACAAGCCUAAGAUAGGUAUGUAUGGCUGAUUAUCACUCCCGCUACUAGACAUUAAAGCUUUAGGCUCAAACUACUUUGUUUCUUAAAGCAGCCAAACCCAUCAAAUAGUCACCAAAAACAAAGCAAAAAGUACCUUCCUGCUUAACAGAUUUCCUUAAAUGUAAGCAAGGUAGUAGGAUGCUACCAUUGCUCUGUGGAGAAAGUACAAAUUAAUAAAUAUUUAUAAAUUGAAAAAAAUUAGGAAGGAAGGAAGGAAGGAAGGAAGGAAGGAAGGAAGGAAGGAAGGAAGGAAGGAAGGAAGGAAGGAAGGAAGGAAGGAAGGAAGGAAGGAAGGAAGGAAGGAAGGAAGGAAGGAAGGAAGGAAGGAUUUCCAACAAUGAUCCAGAUCUGGAAGGGAGAUGUCUUCUAGAUCUGUCAUUUUACAAACAUGAGGAAACUCUUGAUGUGAAAAUACCCUUCAUUGACGCAGAUGAGCAACUUGACCAUAACUUAAUGUCUUAAACAUUUGCCUGGAGACUGAGAAGUUUACUGUGUUGUCCCUGGUCUCACAAUAUGUGUCAGAAGCAAGACUUGAUCCCAAGUCUUCCUGACUCCAUAGCUGGCCCUCUAGCCUCUGCAUCAUAAUGCUUGGAUUUAUUGGCCUGUUGAUUGGCUAGCUUAGGGUACAUUAGGAAUAACAAGUUGCCAUUUUUAUAAAGGUCCUUUUUACAAUUCUUCAUGUUUAAUUUCUCUGCUUUUAUUUUUUAAAAGUUUUGAUCUGUCUUUUCCCUCAAGUGACAGUUCUUGUCAUUGGUCCGUUGAUGUAAUUAAUUUGAUGCAGUCCUUAAUUUAUGUUCCUUGCCUACAUGUUAGCAUUGAUCAUUAUUCACUGGAAGAUAAUCUGUCAAAAUCACUGUAUUUGUUCUCUACAAAUAUGAAUCUGUACAUAGGAUGAAAGCUAUACUCAUUUGUAUAUAAGCCACUUGAAAUACUGUGUUUCUGUCCCAUGUUUCACUCUAAUACAGGGAAUUUCACUGUGUUCCUGUUACAUUUUUCACACUAAUGUAUCACCCACCUGUGUGUUACUACUCCUGAUUCAUAUACAGGCCACUUUAUGCAACUAAGUCUUCUAAAUGUGAAAUAAUAAUAAUAAAAAUACUAAAGUGA